AACCUCUCUAUGAAGUAAAGCUGAGCUGUGCUGACCUGUGCCGACACCAAGAUACUGUAGGAGAGCAGGCAGCAGCAGACGCUGUACUUCUUGGUGCACGAACUCUGAACUGUGGAUACAUUUUUAGCCUGGAGCUGGAAAACAAAACUCUCCUGUUGGGACUCUGGAAGGUCGAUCUGGACGAACUCUUGCUUCUUCAUUUCUUUAUUCCUUUCAAAGGUUUUACCAGUGUUCUCUUUUAGUUUGUCUGCUAUGAUCAGUAUGGUCAGCCCUGUUACUUUGCAGCAAAUCAUUUCCACUCUGUUUCUUCUCAGCAGCUCUGCAGUGAUGGCAGAGUUGGAGUGCCCAGCCGAGUGCUCCUGCGCUCCCUCGCCCCCGCUGUGUCCGCCGGGGGUCAGCUGGGUGACUGACCACUGUGGCUGCUGUAAAGUUUGUGCUAGGCAGUUCAACGAGGACUGCAGUGCCACCGAACCUUGCGAUCACAUCAAGGGACUACGCUGCCAUCUGGGGGCCGGAGGAGACCCUGAGAGAGGAUUGUGUCGAGCCGAGGCCCAGGGUUUGCCUUGUGAGUUCGGCGGGCGGGUGUACCAGCAUGGCGAGGACUUCCAACCCAACUGCCAGCACCAGUGCACCUGCAUGGACAGCGUGGUGGGCUGUAUGCCCCUCUGUCCUCACCAAGUGCCCCUGCCCGACUGGCGCUGCUCGCGGUCCCGGCUGGCCAGACCUGAGGGUGGUUGCUGCGAGGAAUGGGUGUGUGACGAUGACAACCACAUCACUGAGGAGCCAGACGAGCUGACAGACACCUCCCUGCCAGACAGCAAUCCCCUUCCCAACCACAUCAGUGCCCUGCUGCAGGCCCAUCUGCAGCCUCGGCACCCAGCUGCCACCAAAGGAGCCACAUACAGAGAAAUGGUCUCAUUCCCCAUGUCUGAAGUGUUACUCGAACACAGCUGUUUCCCACAAACUACAGAGUGGACAGAGUGCUCCACCACAUGUGGGAUGGGCCUUUCAAGUCGGGUGACCAAUACCAACCCAGACUGUCGGCUGGUCAGAGAAACCAGACUGUGCCAGAUCAGGCAAUGCGAGCUGCAGCUUCCUCUACCUAGCAAGAAGGGGAAGAAGUGUCAACGAACUGUCCGCCCCAAGGAACCGGUCAGAAUCACCUUCGCUGGAUGCUCAACAGCACAGUUGUACCGCCCUCGCACCUGUGGGACUUGCACCGAUGACCGCUGCUGUACACCCUCCCUCUCUCGCACUGUGAGGCUUCGCUUCCACUGCUCAGAUGGAGAGGGCUUCUACAGAAAUGUCAUGUGGAUCCAGCGCUGCAGCUGCAAUAGAAGCUGUCGUAUAUACGGCGGACCCUCCAGCCCUUCAGUCAGCCUUCACAACGACAUCCAUACCUUCAGGCACUGAGGCUGACUCAUCAUGCUUAGCCCUGGCCCUGGCCUGCCACACUGGGCAAAGACUCCUGCACCUCCCUACUCCCCAGACCCACCACCUCCCUGUGUGUCAGCUGGGUGAGCGGCUGCCACCCCCCUUCCCUAACCCAGGCAAUACGCUCGCUUGCACUUUAAGCUUCCUGCCACGAUGACAUCAGUUUGUCCACACUAGAGGUGUGUUACCUCUUUAGGACUGGGGGCAGCACUGAGGACAACACACUUUAGUGUGCUGCUGUGUUAGACUGUUUGGCAGAGAGCUACUGAAACUUCUUUUAUUUAUUUGUAACUUUGAGUCCUCUCCACAGAGGGUGAUGUGACAGUUUGUCAUACAGAAGGAAGCUUAUUUAGACAAGUAACAGACAGAACAUUUAUGAGAAGCAUUGGGAAUUAUGGAUGUGCUUUUUGAAUUAAUGAGGAAGAACUAGAUGACAUAAGACGUAUUCAUUAGUGACUAUAGGGACUGUGUGUUCAGUAUUGCCUGUCCUUUGUGAUACAAUGUUUCCUACACAUGUAUUGAUUGUGGAAUUCAGUCGGUGUGUGUGUUUGUGUGCGCGCGCGCGUGUGUGUGUGUGUGUGUGUAGAUGAAAGUGUAUUGGUCUGUUUGAAGAAUGAGAAACUUUCACAAGAGAGGGUUGACAGAGAAUGUGCUCAUUAUGCUACUACAGUAUAUAGAUUAAAGCAUAUAGUGUAUAGACUUCACCGUAGCUGUGGAGCGGUAUUCUAGGAUCACCUCAUUUUUCGGGGUGUGAAUUUAUUUUAUAUUUUGUGUGUCAGCACACCUAGUUCCCCGCCUUUGCCUGCCUCCAGUUUGGGAGUUCCCCCAAGCAAAGGAGUUUAUCUUGGGAUCUUGUUCACAAGUGACGGUAAAAUGGUGUGCGAGGUUGUUGUAGUGUCAACAGUGAUGAACCCGACCGUCAUUGUAAAGAAGGAGCUGUGCUGGAAGGUACAUUCGUUCCAACCCUAACCAUAACCUAAUAGGUCAUGAUAUUUGGGUAGUGCCUUGAAGAAAAAGAUUGCAGAUACAGACAGAUGAAACGUGUUUUCUCUGUAGUAUGGCCGGGCUCAGCCUUAGAGAAUAGGGUGACGAAGAGCCUCCUUCACGUCAAAAGGUUUUGGGCAUCUGCUUUCCAAGCACCUCCAACUGGGAAGAGACCAUGGGGAAGACCCAGAAGAGACCCAGACCCAGCUGGAAGACCUUACUAGAAAGAAGGCCAUCUGGAAUACCCUACUUAACCUGCUGUGACCACAGCCCGAUCCUGGAUAAACAGAAGAAAAUGGAUAGAUUUUUUUUGUGUGUGUGUCCUUCACAGUGUACAUACAAUGCUUUAUUUCUGGGGAUGAAAUGAUUCUAUAUAUUUAAGACAUGUUACAUGUGUUCAUUGGAUGUUUUUGUCUGUAAACUCCUGUACAUCAAAUAAAGAGACAUCAACCUGUAA